GAGGUGGCCAGAGGCAGGAGGCGCGGGCCUUUCGCUGUGUAACUUUCAAGUUUCCCGGACGCCGCUCCGCGGGACCAGGUGGAGCCAGACAACUUCCUCCGGCCGCGCCACUGGCUUUUUACCCCGCAGGAACGUCUGUCAACGCUGAUGCCCCAUGACCCUGUGGUCAGGAGAGUCCUGCAGGAAAUGAGUGGCCGGCCCGAGGCAGCUGGGGAGGUGGCCGGGGCUGCCGCUGCUUUUGCCAGAGACAGCUCCCCCCGGGGACCUCUUCAAGGGACUCGCCCACAGCCUUUACAUCCCCUGGUGUCUGGGGUGCCAGGCGUGAUGACUGACUCCCCAUUCCUGGAGCUGUGGCAGUCCAAGGCGGUGUCCAUCCGGGACCGACUGGGCAUCGGGGACCAGCCCAAUGACGCCUACUGCUACAACUCAGCCAAAAACAGCACCGUGCUCCAGGGGGUCGCCUUCGGUGGCAUCCCCACUGUUCUGCUCCUGGAUGUCAGCUGCUUUCUGUUUUUAAUACUGGUGUUUUCCAUCAUAAGAAGAAGAUUCUGGGAUUAUGGGCGCAUUGCCCUGGUGUCAGAAGCAGGCAGUGAGUCCAGAUUCCAGAGAUUGUCGUCAUCUUCCUCGCUAGGGCAGCAAGACUUUGAGAGUGAGCUGGGAUGCUGCCCCUGGCUGACGGCAAUCUUCCGGCUGCACGACGACCAGAUCCUGGAGUGGUGUGGGGAGGACGCCAUCCACUAUCUGUCCUUCCAGAGGCACAUCAUCUUCCUGCUGGUGGUGGUCAGCCUCUUGUCCCUGGGCGUCAUCCUGCCCGUCAACCUCUCCGGUGAUUUGCUCGACAAAGACCAUUACAAUUUUGGGAGGACGACAAUAGCAAAUCUACGGACUGACAACAACCUGCUCUGGCUGCAUACCAUCUUCGCUGUCAUUUACCUCUUCCUCACCGUGGGCUUCAUGCGGCACCACACCCAGUCCAUCAAGUACAAAGAAGAGAACCUGGUGAGGCGGACCCUGUUCAUCACAGGACUCCCCAGACACGCCACGAAGGAGGCUGUGGAGAGCCACUUCCGGGAUGCGUACCCCACGUGUGAGGUGGUGGAGGCCCGGCUGUGCUACAAUGUGGCCAAGCUGAUGCACCUGUGCCAGGAGAGAAAAAAGACCGAGAAGAGCCUGACCUACUACACAAACCUGCAGGUGAAGACAGGCCAGCGGACCCUCAUCAACCCCAAGCCCUGUGGCCAGUUCUGCUGCUGUGAAGUGCAGGGCUGUGAGUGGGAGGACGCCAUCUCUUACUACGCGUGCAUGAAGGACAGGCUGGCGGAGAAGAUCGCGGAGGAGGAGUGCAGGGUCCAGGACCAGCCCCUGGGGAUGGCCUUCGUCACCUUCCAGGAAAAGUCCAUGGCCACCUACAUCCUCAAAGACUUCAACGCCUGCAAGUGCCAGGGCCUGGGGUGCAAAGGCGAGCCCCAGCCGUCCUCCUACAGCCGAGAGCUCUGCAUCUCCAAGUGGACAGUUGCCUUUGCCACUUACCCCGAGGACAUCUGCUGGAAGAACCUCUCCAUCCAGGGCCUCCGCUGGUGGUUCCAGUGGCUGGGCAUCAACUUCACUCUCUUCUUGGUGCUGUUUUUCCUGACCACGCCCUCCAUCAUCCUCUCCACCAUGGACAAGUUCAAUGUCACCAAACCCAUCCACGCACUGAAUGACCCAAUCAUCAGCCAGUUCUUCCCGACGCUGCUCCUGUGGUCCUUCUCAGCCCUGCUCCCAUCCAUCGUCUACUACUCCACGCUGCUGGAGUCUCACUGGACCAAGUCGGGGGAAAACCGCAUCAUGAUGACCAAGGUCUACAUAUUCUUGAUCUUCAUGGUGUUGAUCCUGCCCUCCCUCGGCCUCACCAGUCUGGAUUUUUUCUUCCGGUGGCUCUUUGACAAAACCUCCUCCGAGGCGUCCAUCAGACUGGAGUGCGUCUUCCUGCCGGACCAGGGCGCCUUCUUCGUGAACUACGUCAUCGCCUCGGCCUUCAUUGGCAACGGCAUGGAGCUGCUGCGGCUGCCUGGACUCAUCCUCUACACCUUCCGCAUGAUCAUGGCCAAGACCGCUGCUGACCGCAGGAACGUCAAGCAGAACCAGGCCUUCGAGUUCGAGUUUGGAGCCAUGUAUGCGUGGAUGCUGUGCGUCUUCACUGUCAUCAUGGCCUACAGUAUCACCUGCCCUAUCAUCGCGCCAUUUGGCCUCAUCUACAUCCUGCUCAAGCACAUGGUGGACCGGCACAACCUCUACUUUGCCUACCUCCCAGCCAAGCUGGAGAAGAGGAUCCAUUUCGCGGCUGUGAACCAGGCCUUGGCUGCUCCCAUCCUGUGCCUCUUCUGGCUCUACUUCUUCUCCUUCCUGCGCCUGGGUCUGACGGCUCCUGCCACCCUGUUCACCUUCCUGGUCAUGCUGCUCACCAUCCUGGUCUGCCUGGCCUACACCUGCUUUGGGUGCUUCAAGCACCUCAGCCCUCUGAACUACAAGACAGAAGAAUUGGCAAGUGACAAAGGAAGCGAGGCGCAGGCCCACGUGCCCCCACCAUACACACCCUACGUGCCCCGGAUUCUGAGCGGCUUGGCCUCCGAGAGAACCACCCUCUCCCCACAGCAGCAGCAGACGUAUGGAGCCAUCCACAACAUCAGCGGGACCGUCCCUGGGCAGAGCCUGGCCCACAGCCCUGUGGACAGCAUGGCGGCGGCCUACCAGCAGGCCUGAGGGCGGGCGAGCCACUGGGCUGGGCCAGGCUCGGGGAGCCGGGAGGUGAGCGGUCCCAGGUGCCGAAGUAGCUCGACCUUGACUCCAACCAAGUUCAGGACUUCCGUCCACCUUUUUAAAGCUCCAGUGCUCUGACGAAAUGGAACCAGCCAGGAAAGGACUCUGACCCUUGGUUUGGGGCAGGACUGCCAUCCGGUGGUGCUUUCAGGUCCCAGCAGUGGGCAGGGGACCAGGUGCAGCUCCCUACCCUCGGGCUCUGCCCAUUUCCCACUCCACCUCGGCAGGGUCCACCUCUAUAGCGGGGUGAUGUCCCCGUAAUUUUUAGCAAGGUCGUGUGUUGGAAUGGUGCCCCUCCCGGCCGGUUGGCUGGGGCGACUCUCAGGUACUAGGGAGAAUGUGACAGGUAGAAGAACUCCCCUCUGAGCACACAGCCUGCACCGACCCAGCUGAUAACCAAAGAGCUGCAGCAGGCCCAGGCCUGAGGCGGGUUCUGGCAGGUGCUCGGGGCCAUUCUGGCUACCGCCGCCCGCGCCCUGCAGUGAGCCGUGUGCCGCCGGCCCGUCCCCAGAGCGAGCAGCGGGGAGCAGCACGGGCAUGGCCGGUGCAGGCUCUGCUGGCUCACACGCCGCCACCCCCCUCUGUGGUUCCCUGUUUUUGUAUCAUGUGGCCAGUGACAUGUGGUUGGCUCAGGGUCACCCCGCAGCAGUCAGGGACAAUGUGAACGACUAAUAAAGUGCCCAUU